CUGAACACAUGAACUACUGCUCCCACUGUACUCACACUUCAUCAGCCCGAGCUGCUCUCAACAACCGAGGCCACCCGUGCAUGGAUUUCUCCUGGAUUUCCCAUCUCUAACAUGGACGCCCGGUCGGAAGGUUGCUCCUUUGCGCAGUGAGACGGACAUGCGGAGCAUCGCUGAUAUGGAGUGUCCUCUUCUGUCUCAGUGACCAUGCCGUGAUCACAUCGCUGACAAAAACACCUCCAAAGCAGAAAUAAGUGGGAAUCUAACGAUCCAUCCAGGGGAAUGACAUGCAGUGUAUCGCAGGCAUCAUGAAGAUGUGCUCUCCUCUGGUAACUCAUCAGAGAUGGCUUGGGCUGUUGCUGCUCUUACUGUGUGUGGGAUAUUCUCACGGGAUGCCACAUGUGUUAAGAUUCGGAGGAAUAUUUGAAUCCAUUGAAAGUGGCCCAUCUGGUGCUGAAGAACUUGCCUUUAAGUUUGCUUUAAAUACAAUCAACAGGAACAGAACUUUACUGCCAAACACCACACUCACAUACGACAUCCAAAGGAUAAACAUCCACGACAGCUUUGAGGCCUCCAGAAAAGCUUGUGACCAGCUCUCUCUGGGUGUGGCGGCCAUCUUCGGUCCCUCCCACAGUUCUUCGGCCAACGCGGUGCAGUCCAUCUGUAAUGCUCUGGGGGUGCCGCAUAUCCAGACCAAGUGGAAGCACCAGGUGUCAGACAACCGCGACUCCUUCUACGUCAGCCUUUACCCAGACUUCUCCUCGCUCAGCAGAGCCAUCUUAGACUUGGUUCACUUCUUCAAGUGGAAAACGGUCACAGUGGUUUAUGAUGACAGCACAGGUCUGAUUCGAUUACAGGAGCUCAUCAAGGCUCCGUCUCGUUACAACAUCCGAUUAAAAAUCCGGCAGCUACCAGCAGAAACAAAAGAUGCCAAGCCCCUUCUUAAAGAAAUGAAACGAGGGAAAGAGUUUCAUGUGAUCUUUGACUGUGGUCAUGAAAUGGCAGCUGGCAUCCUUAAACAGGCUCUUGCCAUGGGAAUGAUGACGGAGUAUUACCACUACAUUUUUACCACCCUGGAUCUCUUCGCGUUGGAUGUGGAGCCCUAUCGCUACAGCGGGGUCAACAUGACAGGAUUCCGGAUCCUAAACACAGAGAACAGCCAGGUGUCCUCCAUCAUUGAAAAGUGGUCCAUGGAGCGUCUGCAGGCACCUCCUAAACCAGACUCUGGCCUGCUGGAUGGUUUCAUGACAACAGAUGCUGCCCUGAUGUAUGACGCGGUACAUGUGGUGGCCGUGGCCGUCCAGCAGUCUCCUCAGAUCACUGUCAGCUCGCUCCAGUGUAAUCGCCACAAACCCUGGCGUUUCGGAAACCGCUUCAUGACGCUCAUCAAAGAGGCCCACUGGGACGGUUUGACCGGACGGAUAAAUUUCAACAGGACCAAUGGCCUGAGGACAGAUUUCGAUCUGGAUGUGAUCAGCCUGAAGGAAGAGGGGCUAGAAAAGAUUGGGACAUGGGAUCCUGUAAGUGGUUUGAACAUGACGGAAAACCAAAAGGGAAAGGCAGCCAACGUGUCGGAUUCUCUCUCCAACAGAUCGCUGGUGGUGUCCACUAUACUGGAAGAGCCUUACGUGAUGUUCAAGAAGUCAGAUAAGCCUCUAUACGGUAACGAUCGCUUCGAGGGCUACUGCAUCGACCUGCUGCGAGAGCUGGCUGCCAUCCUGGGCUUCACCUACGAAAUACGACUGGUGGAGGAUGGCAAGUACGGAGCGCAGGAAGAGAGCACGGGCCAGUGGAACGGCAUGAUCCGAGAACUGAUGGACCAUAAAGCUGAUCUUGCAGUGGCACCCCUGGCCAUCACGUACGUGCGGGAGAAGGUCAUCGACUUUUCCAAACCCUUCAUGACGCUGGGGAUAAGUAUACUGUACCGCAAACCCAACGGCACCAACCCGGGGGUGUUCUCCUUUCUCAACCCCCUGUCCCCCGACAUCUGGAUGUAUAUUCUGCUCGCUUACUUGGGUGUCAGUUGUGUGCUGUUUGUCAUAGCCAGGUUUAGCCCCUACGAAUGGUAUAACCCCCACCCAUGCAACCCCGACUCGGACGUGGUGGAAAACAAUUUCACCCUGCUAAAUAGUUUCUGGUUCGGAGUUGGAGCUCUCAUGCAGCAAGGAUCUGAGCUCAUGCCCAAAGCCCUUUCCACCAGGAUAGUAGGAGGCAUCUGGUGGUUUUUUACCCUAAUCAUCAUCUCCUCCUACACGGCCAACCUAGCCGCCUUUCUUACCGUGGAGAGAAUGGAAUCGCCAAUCGACUCGGCCGAUGACUUGGCCAAGCAGACCAAGAUUGAGUAUGGAGUGGUGGAGGAUGGCGCUACAAUGACCUUCUUUAAGAAAACGAAGAUCUCCACGUAUGACAAGAUGUGGGAGUUCAUGAGCAGUCGAAGACAUUCGGUGAUGGUGAAGAGCAUCGAGGAAGGAAUUGAACGUGUGCUCACCUCUGAUUAUGCUUUCCUAAUGGAGUCCACCACCAUCGAAUUUGUCACUCAGCGCAACUGCAACCUCACGCAGAUCGGAGGCCUCAUAGACUCCAAGGCCUACGGAGUCGGCACCCCAAUGGGGUCCCCGUACCGAGAUAAGAUCACCAUCGCAAUCCUGCAGCUACAGGAGGAAGGGAAGCUGCACAUGAUGAAGGAGAAGUGGUGGCGAGGAAACGGCUGUCCUGAGGAGGAGAAUAAGGAGGCCAGUGCGCUGGGCGUCCAGAACAUCGGUGGCAUUUUCAUAGUGUUGGCUGCGGGACUCGUCCUCUCUGUGUUUGUGGCAGUUGGGGAGUUUCUCUAUAAGUCCAAACAAAACGCACAGCUGGAAAAGAGAUCCUUCUGCAGCGCCAUGGUGGACGAGCUGCGGGUUUCCCUCAAGUGCCAGCGCCGGCUCAAACACAAGCCGCAGCCGCCCGUCAUGGUCAAAACGGAUGAAGUCAUCAACAUGCACACCUUCAAUGACCGAAGACUGCCAGGCAAAGAGACCAUGGCUUAAAACGGACAGCAGCUCGCUCUUUCUUGAGCUUGGAGAAGGAAACUUCACGGGAAGAAAUUUGGGCGGGGAGGAGGUCGGUUUUCUACACAGGGGAGGGGAUCUUAAAAGUCAUUUCAAUCAAUUAGUUACUGAAACCAACAGCAGAAACGGAAACAUAUUUCCUGUGGAAAUAACUUGAAUCUGGGCAAAAUUUUAGUUACCUCAUCGCUUCAGAUCACCACCAGAGCAAAGACUGACCGGUGCCAGCGUUCAGGGUAACUUUUAGCAGGAAAUACACACACACACACACAGCUAGAGAAGUGGGAUGGAGGGAGGUUUGUCUGCUCACUACAUGCACAUUAUUUUAGGUUUGAUGACACACUUGGCUGUUGUCUGUCCACAGAGAGCAGCUGAGUCCUUUAGAGAAAACGAGGAGAUGUGUCCUGACAAAUAUGGAGGCAAAACAAGGACAGUUUUUUAACACGUACAGUACAUGUGCUACCAUUAGGAGCAAAAAAAAAAAAAAAAAAAAAAACGAAUAAAAAAAAGUACUCAGAAACAAUCAGUUUGCAGCACUCUUUGCUGAGCACCACAGCAAUAUCACUGAAAUCAUUCAACGUCUUUCUCACCCACAAUCACAAGCAGUGGAAGCAGGACAGAGCUACAGGCAAUAUACCGCUUUCAUUUCUAUGUAUUUCCGGGCCCCUGUUGAGCGUCACAGUGACUAAGGGUGAAUCUCACAAAAACGUCUUUGAGCCAAAACAUGAUGGAAUCCAUUUUUUUUUUUUUUGUUUCGAGGACCAUUGCAUUUUUGUGUUUAUUUUACGCUUAACACAUUGCACAACUUAAUAUUUUCUGUCCAAAUUCGCAUUACUCUACAAAAAAAAAAAAAAAAAAAGAGGCAGCAAAAUUUCAUAAGAUGAGGCUUAAAUUGUCCAUGCAUAUUUAUUAAAAUGAUUAAUAUUAUUGUUUUUUGUUGUUCUAAAUGUGAACCUCUCAACUUUUAAAUGUAGUACUGUAAUGCAUCUACAUUUUUUUUUACACUUAUUAGUGAUUCUCAUUACAGUAUGUUAUAUUCUAGAGAAUAUAGAAUCUAGACAUCGGUAAGCAUAAAUGAAACAGUACAACAAAUGGUAAAAACCAAAGUAUUUUUAUAUAUUACAGUAGUUUUUUUUUUUUUUUUUUUUUUUUUUUUUUAAGAGAGGUAAAUGUCUUGGACUGUCAUGACAAUAAUAUCACAAACAAUAAAUAAAAGUAAUGGUCCUAAAAUAGGCUUCUUUUCAAAUAUAUUGAUAUUCAUUAGUUUAAUUUUAAUUUGUGCUGAAAUAAAUUUCAUGAGAUUCAUCCGAAAACCUCUCCAAAAAUUGGAUGAGUGAACUCGAAACAAAUUCCAACCAUUGCGAUACAUUUAUUCAAGCAUCUAUCAUUUGGUUUACAAAUGUUUUCAUUUUUUCUUUCUUCAUUUCUAUGAUGAAAAUAAAAUUUCACAUCUGUUUUUUUUUUUUUUUUUUUUUUUACCACAUUUCAUUUCAGGUUAAUGUUUGUACUUUGUGAAUUUGAUUUCAGAAAAAAAAAAGAAUCCUCAUGUGAACUUGUGCAAAUGUAAAAUUUCUAUAAAAAAUAAUAAUAAGGUGUUUUGUACAAUUAAAGAAUAUCAACAUUUUGUAAUAAUUUUUAUCAACACAAUCAUUGGCAUCUCUCUCUUGAUACGGGGGUGGCCGCCCUGUUGAAUCGCCACACCAGAAUUGAAGGUCGCCAUGGCCCCUGGGACCGAUGCGCUUCCGCAUGGAUGAGCCCCAUGUGACGGAACACAUCCAGGAUCACAUCACCUGGCCUCCAUCAGGAUGAGUUUGCGCCAGGGUUCAUGAUAGGCGCACACAGGACGGGGAAGUGCCAAGCAUGCCUGGUAGUGUUUAUGUGACAAACACACACAUUUUGGACAGAUCCUAUUUUUAUCAUGUAAAGGAAUCAUAUUUAAAGAAAGAUAUUUUUACUUGAGAUAAAUAGAUAUGAGAAAACUGAUUCAGAAGUGUGAAACAAACAUAUAUAGAAAGUGAAGAGGACUGCUAAAAUGCUUCAUAUUCAAUGCCCCCGGUUUCUAAUAGACUGCUAGUACUCAGUGCCGAGACGUUGUGUGUAAAUGGUUUCAAAUGGAUAAGAUGUAUUUAAAGAUUUUUUAGAUACAAACUAAUUUUGACCAUAUUGUGUAAACAAAAUGAAGUGCACACAGUUUCCUGUCUAAAGUUGAUGCACAAGUUUAAAGGAAGUAAUUAAAAAAAUGU